AUGUUACCUACCAUUCACAUCCACGCUUCCUCUGACCCUGGUCCAUCCAAACUAUUCUCCUUACCAUCUAUCUCACUCUUCCGCUCAAGCGAGAAACAACCUUCGAUCUCCAGCACUAGCGUGAACAUGAGUAUAGGACAUUCAGGUGCUAUCCUCCCUGGAGCACCACAUUUGCCAUUACGAAGAAGAAGGAUGGUCACACAGGGUGUGGCAGUCACGGCUUUGUUAAGCUUGUGCUUGUUGUGGUUCACAGGAGGAGCUGGAAUGGGGACGUUGUUAGCCCCCCCGAAACCUGAUUGGACGGUUGAGCAAAUACCACCCGGCAGAGUCAUAGAUCCAGAAAUAGCAGCCCAUUUGGGGAAACCCAAGGGACCUCCAGAAUUCACAGGAUAUCCUAUUCCCUCUCCCGACCUUAGUUUAUGGGGUCUAGAUCUCCGUUCUGAUCGAUUAUUAGCUGGUAUAUCACCUUGGCCACCAAAUCCAGCCGUUGAAGAAAGUCAACCGGCUUUAUCGUCUCUGGGACAUUUCGCGGAUAACAUAUAUAAACAUGGGCCAUUGGAUUUGGAAACGUACUCUACGCAAUUGAGAGAAUUCGCAGAGGUCGCCUUUCCCCGAAAUAUAGCUGAGGAGUUGAAGAAGGGAAUAGAGAUGUACCUCGGGGAAGGGAGAGGAGAUAAGGAGAUUGACGAGAAUGUUCCAGGACCUGAAGCUUGGGAUAAACAGAAAUUUAUGUGGCAAACGGAUAAAGAUGAGAGACGCGAGCAAAGUGUGACGGUGGCUUCGUGGACUGGGAGGACGAUGAAGGAUGAAGGAUGGAACUGGGAGUUGAUGACGGAUCAAGAAGCAGACCAAUGGAUGCGCAAAAAACUUCCUGACUCGCGAAUAGAAUUGAUGUGGACCAGUCUCCCCACCGGUAUCCUCCGUUCGGAUAUGAUACGAUACUUACUUCUGCUCAUACACGGAGGUAUAUAUUCCGAUACCGACACGGCCCUCCUCAAACCUCCUUCAGACUGGGGUAAAGGUGCCCGGUUGUGGCGUGACGGACUCGGUUGGAUAGGCGAUGCAGACAAGGCUAGGAUAGAUGCAGGGGAGGAAGUGGAUGAUGUGAUUGGAAAGCCAAGUGUCGUGGUGGGUAUUGAAGCUGAUGUAGGGGAUAGAUCAGAUUGGUAUGAGUGGUGGCCUAGACCGAUCCAAAUCGUCCAAUGGACAAUGGCUUCAGCUCCAUAUCAUCCAAUUUGUCUUCAAGCUCUCUUACGUAUACUUCACUCUACCGCACACGCAGUUCAAUGGUCACACGAACAUCGUCGGAAUCUCAAAGCAUUAACUGAUUUAGGCAUGUUCCGAGAAGUUUCUUCCUUGAGGGAAGUUACGGUAUUGUCCGAGCCAAAAGGUGGAGGACCGGUCGGAGUCAUGGCUUGGACUGGACCGGGAGUAUGGACUGAUGCUGUUUUGAGCUAUAUAAGGGUCAGAUACGGAGUACAAUGGACCGAUCUUCGGGAGUUGAAAGAACCAUUAAGGAUAGGUGAUGUGAUGGUUUUACCCGUAACUGGUUUCUCACCUGGCGUGGGUAAUUUCGGUAGUGAACCAGCUUGGCACCCACAAGCAAUGGUGGAACAUAAAUUCGAAGGAUCAUGGAAGAAUGCCAUACCUUGA